AUGAUAGCUUCCAUUAACAUCGCCUUUUUUGUUGCCUUGUUUCUGCUAAACUCAGAUCGCAUUCAGAAAGCCAUUGAGAUAUGCGAAGAAUGUUUGAUUUCACUAAAGAACACCGAUCAAAACAGCAAAGACCAAUCUGAUUCACUAUUGCUACAAUUUUACAGCGCCCUCUAUGAAGUUCUUUUCAGCGCCUAUCGUCAUACCUCUGACUACAUAAGUGCGGAAAGAUACGGCAGGAAACUGCUUUUCUUAUACAGCGAGUCUGGUGACUUGGUAAAAGAGGGAAACAUAAGCAUAGCUCUAGCAGAGAUUGUUAAGAGUCUAAAAAAGUUUACAGAUGCCAAACAGCUUUAUAAAAAAGCAAUUAAUAUAAAGAGAAAAACUGGUGAUAAAAUUGGAGAAGCAAACGCCUGCGCAAGAUUCGGAACUAUGCUUUAUAAACUUGGCGAAAACCUAAAAUCAAAGGAGUAUGCAAAAGAGUGUCUCCAAAAGGCGCUUGUCAUCAGAACAGAGAUUGGCGACAGAGAAGGAGAGGCAGCUGAUUACGGAAACCUAGGUGCUGUGUUUCAGUCACUCGGGCAAUACGACAAGGCUAAAGAGUAUCUCCAAAAAGCGCUUUUCAUCAGAACUGAGAUUGGCGACAGAGAAGGAGAGGCAGCUGAUUACGGAAACUUAGGUAGUGUGUUUCAGUCGCUCGGGCAAUACGACAAGGCUAAAGAGUAUCUCCAAAAAGCGCUUGUGAUCACAUCAGAAAUUGGCGACAAAAGAGGAAAAGCAACAUGUUAUGGAAACCUGAGUAACGUAUUUUGGUCUCUCGGGCAAUAUGACAAGGCUAAAGAAUAUCUCCAAAAGGCAUCUGUCAUUAGAACCGAGAUUGGGGACAGAAAAGGAGAGGCAAGUGACUACAGAAACCUAGGUACUGCGUUUCAGUCGCUCGGGCAAUACGACAAGGCUAAAGAGUAUCAUCAAAAAGCGCUUGUCAUCACAACUGAGAUUGGCGACAGAGAAGGAGAGGCAGCUGAUUUCGGAAACCUAAGUACUGUGUUUCAGUCGCUCGGGAAAUACGACAAGGCUAAAGAGUAUCUCCAAAAAGCGCUUGUUAUCGCAUCAGAAAUUGGCGGCAAAAGAGGAAAAGCAUCCUGUUAUGAAAAUCUAGGUAAUGUAUUUCAGUUGCUCGGGCAAUGCGACAAGGCUAAAGAGUAUUUCAAAAAUGCGCUUGUCAUCAGAACUGAGAUUAGCGACAGAGAAGGAGAAGCAACAUGUUAUGGAAACCUAGGCAAUGUGUUUCAGUUGCUCGGGCAAUACGACAGGGCUAAAGAGUAUCUCCAAAAAGCGCUUGUCAUCACAACUGAGAUUGGCGACAGAAAAGGAGAAGCGUCAUGUUACGGAAACCUAGGUACUGUGUUUCAGUCGCUCGGGCAAUACGACAAGGCUAAAGAGUAUCUCCAAAAAGCACUUGUCAUCAGAACUGAGAUUGGCGACAGAGGAGGAGAAGCAACAUGUUAUGGAAACCUAGCUACUGUGUUUGAGUCGCUCGGGCAAUACGACAAGGCUAAAGAGUAUCUCCAAAAAGCGCUUGUCAUCAAAACUGAGAUUGGCGACAGAAAAGGAGAAGCAUUAUGUUAUGGAAACCUAGCUACUGUGUUUCAGUCGCUCGGGCAAUACGGCAAGGCUAAAGAGUAUCUCCAAAAAGCGCUUGUCAUCAAAACUGAGAUUGGCGACAGAAAAGGAGAAGCAUUAUGUUAUGGAAACCUAGGUACUGUGUUUCAGUCGCUCGGGCAAUACGGCAAGGCUAAAGAGUAUCAUCAAAAAGCGCUUGUCAUCACAACUAAAAUUGGCGACAGAAAAGGAGAAGCAACAUGUUAUGGAAACCUAGGUAAUGUGUUUAGGGUGUUCGGGCAACGCGACAAGGCUAAAGAAUAUCUCCAAAAAGCGCUUGUCAUCAAAACUGAGAUUGGAGACAGGAAAGGAGAAGCAUCAUGUUAUGGAAACCUAGGUAUUGUGUUUCAGUCGCUCGGGCAAUACGACAAAGCUAAAGAGUAUCUCCAAAAAGCGCUUGUCAUCAGAACUGAGAUUGGCGACAGAAGAGGAGAAGCAACAUGUUAUGGAAACCUAGGUAAUAUGUUUGAGUCGCUCGGGCAAUACGACAAGGCUAAAGAGUAUCUCCAAAAAGCACUUUUCAUCAGAACUGAGAUUGGCGACAGAGAAGGAGAGGCAGCUGAUUACGGAAACUUAGGUACUGUGUUUAAGUCGCGCGGGGAAUACGAGGAGGCUGCAGAAUAUCAACAAAAGGCGCUUGUUAUCAGAACUGAAAUUGACGACAGAAAAGGAGAAGCAUCAUGUUAUGGAAACCUAGGUACUCUAUUUCAGUUGCUCGGGCAAUACGACAAGGCUGAAGAGUAUCUCGAAAAAGCGCUUGUCAUCAGAACAGAGAUUGGCGACAGAGAAGGAGAGGCAGCUGAUUACGGAAACCUAGGUGCUGUGUUUCAGUCACUCGGGAAAUACGAC